AUGCGAAAAUGUAGGUACCUACUUAAUUUAUAGGUACGUCAAAAGAUGCAUAUCUUGUUUAACAUUAUAACAAUUAAUUCGUUAUAAUGAUGUUGUUAUUAAGCACGUUUUUGCUUCCCAUUUAAUUAAGGGCGAUUUGUACUUCAAAUGCAUGUAUUUUUCAAGGCUUUUUAUUGUUAUGUCAUGGGUCGUGUGAAUGAACUAUGAUUUUGGAGGAUUUAUCAGUUAUUAUACAGUAAACAAAACAUUACUUUAUUGGACAAUUUUAGAAACACAAUACCUUGUUUCUAGCCACUCAAUAUCAUCAUUAUUGCGUGUCACAUAUGAUUAUCACUUUCUGCGACCCCAUCAAAGGCUAUGCUUGGUGUCCAUCUAAUUAGGAAAAUUUCAAAAUCGUCAUAAAAUCUAAUGACUGGUUUAACCCGCUACCCUCUGGCAUUUGUAACAAGGUACCACAGGCUUCAAACGCCACUAAACCACGGGACUCCAUCUCACAGGUGCCAUCUAAUUAACAUUCAUAAUCACCAACAUUUAACAGGUUUCGGAAUAAGAGAAAUGCUGGGCUAUUUGUUAGGAGGCAACUACGGGAACUACUACCCGCCGGGCCACUACGGGCCGGGGCAAUACGGACCGGGGCACUACGGACCUGGGCAAUUCGGACCGGGGCAAUACGGGCCUGGGCACUACGGGCCCGGGAUGUACGCGCCCCCCGGCCCUCCUGGGGCGCAUCCUGGAUGUCCCCUGUGUGAUUCGUCUGUGUACAGCUACUGCUCCCACAAGCAAGCCCAUGAUGCGUGCUGCUGCAGUUCUGUUUUCAACCCCUACAAUUGCGGUAAGAGCGACUGCAAGUUCCUGUACGCGAAUUCCUGCGAAGAACAUCAGCUGAUCACCAACUGCUGCUGCGUAGACCUCUACAAGAGCAACGUGCAAGACGCCGUGCCCGUUGUGCCGGUCGCAUAAUAAACCUUAUGAAAGUAGAUAUAAGACUUAUAUUCGUAGAUUAUAGAGCCGAUUGCAUCAAACUGAUGAUAAAGGUUUUUGCUAAGUUUUCUUCUACUUACCAAGCAUCUUUUCCACAUAUCAGAGAGAAGUUAUGCCUUGUAUGUAUAGACGACUUUCUCUCCACUGUUUAUCGCGUUGAACAGCGUAAUUAUUUUUGCUUAUGGAAUAAAAUCUAAUAAAUAGAAGAGAAGCUAUUCAAAACCUUAUUUAGUUUGAUGCAACGGACAUUUUAUAUUUUCAUAGUUUAGCUUGUAAUCCAUUAACUCAUUCAGUCAUUGUAGCAUUAAAAGUACAUCGAAACUUUGUAA